ACCUAACCCGCAAUUUAAACUUUCUUGUCUUGUUUGUUGAUAUUCUGGUUGAUUCUGGUCUUGGAUGGCGGUGUCGGCCCACAUUUUGCAGUUUUCGACAACCAAAUUAAGACAAAUUUGCCAAUUGAAAACUGUGCGUUCCUCUCAAGAAAAUUAAUCAUGUCGCAUUCAUUGGCAUCCCUGACUGCCACCUACACCGACUCAGAGGGCGAGGACGAAGAAGAUCCUGGCCAUCUUGAGGCAGGGACGGUGACCCUGACCGAAGAGAGCAGCCUGUCGAAACCUCCAUCGCCCAUACAGCCGACUGGCCGACCUAAAAAAAGACGAGCCCAUUUGAACCGACUGGUGUCCUACCAAGAUGAAAACAACGUUUCGACCGAAGGGGAAGACACUGAAAACGAAUACACAGAUGAAGAUGGUGAAGGGGUUGGAUUUGAACAGCCCUCUGAGGUGGAAAACGCCAUGGGUUCGCCAGCUAAAAAGGAGGUACGAAGACCCAUACCUACGGACGUUGAACUUCCUGAGGAGGCGAAAGGAAAAUGCUCAGCCGAACAUCAGGAAAGGGUCAUGAAACAUUUUGAAAAGGUGCAAAAGGGCUUGGACAUGAACUCGAUGAUUCAACGCCGAAAGGACUUUCGCAACCCAAGCAUUUACGAAAAGUUGAUCCUGUACUGCAACAUCAAUGAAUUAGGCACCAACUAUCCACCACACAUGUACGACCCCACGCGCUGGGGUAAAGAUUCAUUCUACGAAGAACUGGCCAAAGUGCAGAAGGUCGAGAUGGACAAGAAAGAAAAGGAGAAGAAGGAAAAGGCCAAGGUGGAGAUUGUGACGGGGACAGCAAGGAAACCGCCCACUCUUCUGCUGUCAGGUGGGGCCAUCGGCCAGAAGACCUCGGCAGCCCUGGCAACAGCAGCCGCCACCGCAGCCACCAUAGAGGAGAAAAGAAAAUCCAAGUGGGACCAGGUCGGAACCGCUGCCUUGACGGCCAACGUGACUGGUACGAAGAGUACAGUAAUUUCAGCGUUCGGUUCGUUGCCGAAGAGACCAAAAUUGUGAGUGGCUAAAGAUUGACAGGAUUUUCAAGCGUGGAAGUGAAAUUAAUCUUGAGGAAAGAGAACUGGAUACAAAUGAACAUACUUUUAUUAUUUAAAUUUGUCGAUAACUAAUCUUAAAUAAGAACCAAGCAAGAACUGA